AUGGCCCUUCAAGGAAAAGAGGAGCUGUCAAGGUGGGCGAAAUGGAUUGAAAUUCAAACAUGGAAACAAUUCCAGGUUAUUGAGGAUAGAAGACAUUUCGAGGUCGGACUUGAUGCCACCUACUUCAAGGAUGAGGAUAUCACUGUGAAAGUGAUCGACAAUCAGAUGGAGAUCAUGCUUGAGCAUGAGCAGAGGACUAACCGCUGGAGUCGU